GAUGAAGUAGUGUUUGUAUUUGUAUGUGGUAUAUCGAAUUCACUCUCUGAUUGAAUGUUUGCAUAUUCUACUGUUUAUAUUUAUUUUAUCAUACUGGAUGAUCACCCCCAUGCUAAUUAGAAAUAUAACAGAUUUCAACAGAUUAGAUAUAUAAGUAGUUUACUUAUACAGUUACAUACAUUUACACAUUCACACUCAUGUUUUUAUGCCACAUUAUUCCCUUUUGGAAUUUAUUUUGUAUUAUUUUAUUGACACACCUCACCUCAUACUGGACCUGAAAUGAAAUAACCAUAUGCUUAGAUACUUAGUGUAGUAGCCUAAUAGAAUUGUGUCUGAGAGCAGAAGAGAAGUGGAGGCGGACCAGAUCUCACUGUCUUCCCUCAUGUUGUAUUUCCUGACCCAUGCAGACCAAUAAACCUGCUUCAUCUACCAUCAUCGUUUCCGAGUGUAUCACCAGUAAAACACAACGCAAGUUACACUUGCAACAUAGUAACAGUUAUGCCUGCCGGGGUUACCCAUCCCGCUACCAUGUUAUGCACAUCUAGUGAAAACUAAUGCUGUCUAGGCCCUAAUACACGGACUUAUGAAGUCAAUGAAGUUAAUGUUCAUAAACGUCUUUACAGAGUUGUGUUUAAAUAGUCACUUAGGCAGCUAGAGAAGUUUGACAUAGAUGGUCUUCAAAACACUACUAGGCCUACUGCAUUUAUUGAUAUAUUUUUUUGUCUUUAUGCAGGGAAGCCAUCCAAUGACCCUUUGAGUCCUGAUUAUGCUCCAACCCUUUUACCCCAUAACCAAAAGCAGCCACAGUCACAUACAAACAGUUGGCGAGAUAACUCAGGAGAUCAUGGAUGUACUGUAUGCCUACAAGAUUAUCAAUCACAAUCUCAUUGUGACAUAUCUGUUGGAACCGAUCUAUGUAUGACAGAAAUAGAUAAUUUGCAGAAGGAAAAUGCUGCAUUAAAAGACAAAGCGGAGACUCUUGAAAAACAAUUGCAGGCGCUCCUCGGUGAGAAAGCAGAAUUAGGCCUAUUGGAUUUAAACAAUGACAAAAUAAUUCAUUUUCACACUGGACUGCCAUCGUCAAAGGUGUUUUUCACUUUGCUCACUUUCCUUACCACUGCCUGGAUCCCAUCUUCAACAUUACUCACACCAGCUUUGCAGUUUUACCUGGUACUCAUGAAAUUGCGACUUGGGUUAACACACACAGAUCUUUCCUAUAGAUUUCAUUGUAGUGUUGGAACAGUCUCUGCAGUAUUUCAAGAUUGGCAGAAUGUAAUGGCUCACCGUUUGAAAUGUUUAAUUCACUGGCCUACAAAACAGGAAGUACAGAACAACCUGCCAGCCAUGUUCAAAUGCCAUCCAUUCGAUUCUGUGAGGUGUAUCAUAGACUGCAGUGAAGUGUUUGUUGACCGGCCUACAUCACUUGAUGCAAGAGCUUUAACUUACUCCAACUACAAAUCACACAACACCAUCAAAUUUCUCAUUGCUGUCAGUCCAACGGGAGCAGUUACCUUUGUGUCUAAAGCAUGGGGCGGUAGAGCCAGUGACAGAGUCAUAACCCAGUCAUCGAAAUUAGAAGAGGGAGACAUUGUUUUGGCUGACCGAGGGUUCAACUUCCCACAGUAUUUUUCUUCCAAAGGUGUGCAGCUUCUUAUCCCUGCUUCAACACGUGGAAGAACACAGCUGUCAGGGGCUGAAGUUACCAGGUCGAGGCAGAUGUCAAGAGUUAGGAUUCAUGUUGAAAGAGCAAUUGGACGCAUAAAAAAUUACCACAUAUUGCACAACACUCUCCCAGUCAGCCUUGUGAAAGGAAGAUUGAAUGACUCCAUGUCAACUAUAGACAAAAGAAUACUUGUUUGUUCAGCUUUAUCCAACUUGGAUAAGCCUUUAGUUCAUCAAAUGUCUUUUUUUUGGUCAAAAAAGUGGACUCGUGUGAAUUUUUCAUUUGUAUCAUUUAAUCACACUAGCAAAAUACAACAAUGCCUCAAUAAUAUGUUAGAUUACUAA